UAUAUUGACUCCUCCUUGUAGAGUCUGAUAUAUAUGCAUGUGUGUAUGCAGACAAUAUAUAUAUCUAUCUACAGCGAUUUUACCGGCAAAACUAUACUAUUGAAAUUAUUUUCUGCAUGCAUGUAUACAUAAUGUGAAAAUGAGAUAUAAGUAAUAUACAGAUUGUUUCUAGGCUCGAUUAAACAGUUUAGCGGGCAAAAUGCCAUCUUUUAUUUUAAUUUGUUGUCUUCUGAUGACGACCUUUUUUCGUAACACCUUUACUCAAACUCACGCAGUAAAAGGUAGCAAUGUUGAUGCCAAGAAAACAAUUGUUUGGGGUCCAGGCUUGAGUCCUGAAAAUAUUACUUUGAGAGCCAGGUAUAUUUUUCUGCAACUUGUUGACAAGGAAGGCAAAAAUAUUACAGAGUCUUUAGGAAAGAGUAUAAUUUCAGCUCAGAUAAAAGGUGAAACUGUUCAAAGCACACCUUGUCAUAUCUGGACACAAAUUUUUGAUUGCAAGGAUGGCAGCUAUAUUGUCCGCUACCGAACUUACAAUACUUGUUUUAAUUUGCACAUUGUUCUCCAAGUAAAAAAUGAGAAACUACCUUUAAAACAUUCUCAAGUCAUGGGGCCAGUUUAUGAAGAGGAAUGCAACUGUCCACAUUCAUCGUUAGAUGCAUGGCUUCAUCAAAACAACUGUCGUCAGAAUUAUACUCAAAUUUUGCAAGAUCUUAAAUUAUUUCCUACAGUAAAUUUUGAUAGUCUACGAAAUGAAAUCAUUGAUAGAUACAAUAAGCCAAACAGUGUCAGCAUUUGUCACUAUGUCAUCAAGUCAAACCAGAUAUACAGGAAUUGUUAUGGACAACAUGUUGGCUUCAAAAUAUUUAGUGAUGCAAUCUUGCUAUCGUUAGCAAGAAAGAUAAAUUUACCAGAUGUUGAAUUUUUCAUGAAUUUAGGAGACUGGCCACUUGUUCCUAAGAAUAAGGAAAUUCAUCCAAUUUUUUCUUGGUGUGGUUCAGAUGAUUCUUACGACAUUGUUCUUCCAACAUACGAUAUUACCCAGUCAUCGAUGGAAGCAAUGGGAAGAGUGAUGCUAGAUAUGCUAUCUGUACAAGGAAGUACUACAGAUCCAUGGAAUAAGAAAAUUGAAAAAAUGUUUUGGAGGGGAAGAGAUGCACGAAGAGAGAGACUGGAUUUGAUAGAUAUAGCAAGAAAACAUCCAGAGCUUUUUAAUGCAUCUAUAACAAAUUUUUUCUUCUUUAGAGAUGAAAUCGAAAAGUAUGGUCCUGAACAAAAACAUGUAUCAUUUUUUGAAUUUUUCAAGUAUAAAUAUCAACUCAACAUUGAUGGAGUGGUAGCUGCUUACAGAUUUCCUUAUCUACUUGUUGGUGAUUCUGUAGUCUUCAAACAAGAUUCAAAGUACUAUGAAUUUUUUUAUAAAGAUCUUGAAGCUGGCAAGCACUUUAUACCUAUUAAAAGUGAUUUAUCGGAUUUGGUUCAAAAACUUGAGUGGGCCAGAGAAAAUGAUGAUCAAGUUUAUAAAAUAAGCAAAGAAGCAAGACAAUAUGCAAGGGAUAAUUUGAUGCCACAAGAUGUAUUUUGUUACCAUGUGAAUUUAAUUAAUGAAUGGAGUAAACGAAUAAAAAGCCAAGUUCAAGUAUUGCCCAAAAUGGAACAAGUUUCACAACCAGAACAUGAAUGUGAGUGUGCCAAUAAUGUAAAAGAUGGUAAAGAUGAGCUUUAAAAUUCUUAUUGAAAAAUAUAUUUUUUAUAAUUGAUUUAAAGUAAGAAUAUACCAAGUAAUUAUGAACAAUAUUUAUUACAACAUGAAUACUUUUUUUUUUUAAAUAAACUUGAAAAUUACAUCUUUCUUGUUGCACAAUAAUGUAUGAUUCUUCGCGUUUAACAAAAAGUGAUUAAAUACUUCUAUAUCUGAAGCAGUU